AAGCGGGCUCGCCGGGGGCCGGGCGGGCGGGCGGGGGGAGCAUUCCUGCGCCGCGGGGCCCCGGCGCGCCCCGCUCCCGCCGCCCCCCGCCCGCAGGUGCAGGGGGCUGGCACUCGGCGGCUGGAAAGAGCUGGUUGGAGUUUGCACUUUAAGCUCCCGGCGGGGAGGGAGCCGGGGCUGGGAGCUGGUCCGGGCGCCCAGCGCCGCGGGAGGAUGGCGCGGUGGCUGCGGCCCCUCGUGGGAGCCCUGCUCCUGCUCGAGGGGGCGGCCGCCCUCAGCUUCCUCCACCAUCGCUACGAGGAGCUGGUGCAGGCCCUGUUCCGCGUGCAGAGCCAGUGCCCCUACGUCACCCGCAUCUACAGCAUCGGCCGCAGCGUCCAGGGCCGGCACCUCUACGUGCUGGAGUUCAGCGACUACCCGGGCAUCCACGAGCCCCUGGAGCCGGAGUUCAAGUAUGUUGGGAACAUGCACGGGAACGAGGUGCUGGGCCGUGAGCUGCUGCUGCAGCUCUCUGAGUUCCUGUGUGAGGAGUACCGCCGGGGCAACGAGCGGAUCACGCGCCUCAUCCAUGACACGCGCAUCCACAUCAUGCCCUCCAUGAACCCCGACGGGUACGAAGUGGCUGCCAAGCAGGGCCCAGACAGCAACGGGUACUUGACAGGGAGGAACAAUGCCAAUGGAGUGGACUUGAACCGCAACUUCCCUGACCUCAACACACUCAUGUACUACAGCAGGGAAAUCAGCGGGCCAAAUCACCACAUCCCACUGCCUGACAACUGGAAAAGCCAGGUGGAGCCAGAGACAUUGGCUGUGAUCCAGUGGAUCAGCAGCUACAACUUUGUGCUCUCAGCCAAUCUGCACGGUGGAGCAGUGGUGGCAAAUUACCCCUAUGACAAGUCCCAGGAUCAGCGGUUCAGGAGCCACCGGCGCACUGUCAACACGCCUACUCCUGAUGAUAAGUUAUUUCAGAAGCUGGCCAAGACCUACUCCUACGCCCACAGCUGGAUGCACCGGGGCUGGAACUGUGGGGACUACUUUGCUGAUGGCAUCACAAAUGGGGCAUCCUGGUACUCACUCAGCAAAGGCAUGCAGGACUUCAAUUACCUCUACACCAACUGCUUUGAAAUCACCCUGGAACUAAGCUGCAAUAAGUUUCCCCCCGAGGAGGACCUGGAGCGGCAGUGGAUGGCCAACCGGGAGGCCCUUGUUGCUUUCAUUGAAGAGGUUCACCAGGGCAUCAAAGGGAUGGUGUCAGAUGAGAACAACAAUGGCAUUGCAGGAGCAGUGAUUUCUGUCCAGGGAAUCAGCCAUGACAUCACCUCUGGUGAUAUGGGGGAUUAUUUCCGGCUGCUGCUGCCUGGCACUUACACUGUCACAGCCUCUGCAGAGGGGUACCAGCCCCUGACAGUGACAACAACAGUGGGCCCAGCUGCACCUUCAUUGGUGCAUUUCCAGCUCAAACAAGAAGUGGUGAGAAAGCCUGUGGAGCGCAAGGCCUCAGGCGCACGUAUGAACAACAAAGCCCUUCAGAAGAAGGUCGUGCCGAGAGCCACCCGCCGGGGGACCCAAAGAUGAGGACAGCUCAUUUGGCUGAGAGCUGGGGAAGCCGUUUACACGAGGCCUGGCUGAUGACUCCAGCCAGUGAACUUUCCAACAGUCCAGCAUGAAACUAGCCCAAAUUAUUAGGUUAUUAAACAAGGAAGUAUUUAAU